AUGAGUGAUGAUAUUAAUCAAAAUAGUUCACAAUCAAACACAAAUACAUACUACAAGCGUAAAAAUUGGGACGAACAAGAGAAAACAAUCUUAUUAAGAGCGCUUAAAAAAUAUGGUUAUAAAGACAUUGAAAAUAUCGCGAAAGAAUUCCCAUAUAAAACACCGGCUGCUGUCAGGACGAUGAUUAAUAAAUUGCAUUUAGCUGCAAAGAAAAAUUAUACUGUAAAAAAAGUACAAUUAGAUGAGUGGUUGAAAUCUGGAUAUUUUAAUAAUACUGAUACUAUGAUACCUGAAGCGCUUAAAAUUAUAUCUGAAUAUAAUUAUUUUAAUAAAUUUUAUUCCAGGGCACUCUAUGACCUGCUGCAUCGCAUAACACAGGGACAACCAGCUGUUGAUGUAACCCAGAUGACCGUCGAAACAUUACUAUACACUCUAAAUCAAGUAACUCAUGAAGUUUGGCCAAGUUGUGAGAAACAAGCCUACGCAUACGUGGAAAAAUUAGAACAAUCCAAGUCUCGGAAAGUUUAUCCACCUCAUCGUUCUAAGCGUAUAAAUAAUACAAGCUAA